AUGGGUAGGAUAGCAGUAGCUCUGGUUGUUGUUUCGUGGGUAAUACCGAUCUCCAUCCUCGUCAAUCGCAUUGUUCCUGACCCUUAUAUGGAUGAGAUAUUUCACGUACCUCAAGCUCAGCAAUACUGCAAAGGGAAUUUUAGAAGUUGGGAUCCCAUGAUCACCACUCCUCCUGGCUUGUACUUUGUUUCACUUGCACAUGUUGCUUCUUUGUUUCCAGGAAUCGCAAUGGCGAAUUCUACUUCAUCAUUUCCUAAAGCUUGCUCCACUUCAGUUCUACGUUCUACGAAUGGUGUAUUGGCUGUCAUUUGCGGCAUUCUAGUAUAUGACAUAAUCAGGCAUUUGAGGCCAACUCUUAGUGACAGAAAGGCAACUCUAUAUGCUCUUGUUCUCACUCUGUACCCCCUCCACUGGUUCUUCACUUUCCUUUAUUACACAGAUGUUGCGUCAUUAACUGCUGUUCUUGCCACAUAUCUCACUAGCUUGAAGAGGAAGUAUUGGAUUAGUGCGUUGUUUGGAGCUGUUGCUGUAUUGAUCCGCCAAACCAACAUCAUAUGGGUUUUAUUCAUUGUCUGCUCUGGAGUUAUAAAGUUGACUCUGUCUCAGAAGAAAGAUGAUCUGCAACCUCAAAGCCAUGGUUUGUCUGCAAUUAGUGAAGGUCAUUCUGGUUCCAGAAUAGGUAUGACCAGUGCCUCUAACUUGAGAAAGAGAAAAUCUGGUGUACAUGAUUCUCCCAACCAUUUGAUCGCUCCAUCAACUGUCUUUCCAGUUCCAGAUUCAGCAGGGUUGCACAAAGAGGUACUGGACUUAAUUUUCAAGUCAUGGGAGCUUAAGUGGAAGCUACUCUCUUCCUUCAUCCCCUUCUUGUUUGUUCUGUCUGCUUUUGUAGCUUUUGUGUUAUGGAAUGGGAGCAUUGUUCUUGGUGCAAAAGAUGCUCACAAGGUGUCUCCUCACAUUGCGCAAUUGCUUUACUGUGGAUUUGUAUCUGCAAUGUUUAUGGCUCCUGUGCACUUCUCAUUAAGUCAAGCUACAGCUCUAGCCCGAUCACUCUGGAAGAAGAAACUUCUUAGUUUCUUUUACUGGGUCAUUGCAGUAACUUUUGGUUUCCUUUCAGUUCAUUUCUUCAGAAGGAAGUUUGUCAGCAUCCCGAAACCGCCGGAGCAGAUGAAAAAGACAGAUUGUGCUGCAAUGCAGAUCUUGCGUUUCAUUGGAGGCAUGGAAUACUAA